AUGGAGAAGUAUUGCGUCUGGUUCCUGGCCGCGCUCUCCGGGAUGCCUUUUGUCAUCCAGGAGCUGCAGAUGCACGGCAAGGAAGCGUCCGUGGUGGAUGCCGCCUUCUGUGCAAUCAUCGACAUCCUCGACGAUGACGUCGAAUGCGAGUGGCUGCUGACGGACCAUGUGAACUCCUUCUCCCGGGAGGACACGCCAGGGCUCUUGGACAUCGUCGCGCGGGGCAUGGCAACUCACGCGGAGGAUGCCAUCAUCCAAAGCCGCGGAUGCCACGUUCUCGUGUUGCUUCUGCGCCUUGUGCAACACCUGGGGGACUUGGGCCAGGAGUGCAUCGUCAGCGUGGUGAGUGUGAUGCAGGCCGCCUACGAUGGUCACUACCAGCACCAGGGCGUCGUCCGUGAUGUUUGUUUCCUCAUGCGUGCGCUGCUAGAGCCCCGCUGCCCAUCGAACAGCCCGGAGGUGCCGAAAGAAUUCCAAGCGCAGCAGCUCGUCGCCAACCACUUGCGGCAGGGCGAGAUCAACCGGAGGCUCGAGAAGUCCAUCGGCUACUUCGCACGCUACGAAGACAUCUCCAGGAUGCCGGAACUGUUCGAGUGCUCCUGUGCCUCCCUGGUGCUUCUCUCCGGUGCCGGUCGGCUGCUGGAGCUGUUGGCAGAGCUUUCGGACGUCCCAGGCCGAGACUCUCUCCGGGCCAAUGCUCUGAAG